AUGGUUGUGGAAGAGGCGAUGGAUAGCGACAUGAGCUUGUCGAACAUGGUGCUGAGCUUCCUGGAGGAGGGAGAGACGGAGAGAUGGCCGGAGAACGACGAGGACGAGGACGAUGAGGAGGGAUCCAGCGCCGGCGGUUCUGCCGAGAGCAAGGCCUUCUGGCGGGCCCAGCACUCCCAGCUUCAUGAGGCCUUGGGCAAGACCAGCACGGCCGAGAGCAGGAUCCGGGCGGUCACGGAGGAGGCCGUGGAGAAGAUGCGCGCCCCCGCGGCCGCGGGGGCCGUCUGCUCCUGCGCGAGGCGCGCGGCCGCCGGCGACUGCCGGAGCUGCAUGUUGCGGCGCGUCGUGGAGCGGCUCCGCGACGCCGGGUACAACGGCGCCAUCUGCAAGUCCAAGUGGGCGCGGUCCCUGGAUAUCCCCUCAGGCGAGCACAGCUACGUGGACGUGCUGCUGCAGACGCGGAGCGGCAAGGCGGCGCGGGUGGUGGUGGAGCCGAGCUUCCGGGCCGAGUUCGAGGUGGCGCGCGCCGGCGCCGGCUACCGCGCGCUGGUGGCCGCGCUCCCGGAGGCGUUCGUCGGCCGCGCCGACAGGCUGCGCGCCGUCGUCAAGGCCAUGUGCGCCGCCGCCAAGCAGUGCAUGAAGGAGAACAACAUGCACCUGGGCCCCUGGAGGAAGCACAAGUACAUGCAGUCCAAGUGGCUCGGCACCUCCGAGCGGGAGGCGCCGCCGGCGCUCGACGCGGUGGCCGCCGGCUCGCUGUCGUCGCCGGAGAAGCAGCCCAAGUAUAGGGCGUCCAUGCUGAGCUUCGACUUCGGCCGGGCCCCGGUGGUGGUUGCGUGA